AUGAGAGAUUCUAUAUCUGCUCGAGAAAGAUUUUAUGCUACAGUGCGUUUUUUGGUAACCGGUGACGCACAGAAAACAAUAGCUAUCAGCUACCGCAUGAGUCCUUCAGUUGUCGGAAGAAUAAUAAAUGAAACAUGUAGAGCCAUAUGGGUAUCACUUUUUAAAAAGAAAUACAUAGAUCCACCAUCUUCUGAAAAAGAAUUGAAAAAAAUAGCCACUAACUUCGAGAACAGAUGGAAUUUUCCCCAUUGCUUAGGUGCUAAUAAUGGAAAACAUGUAGUUAUGCAAGCUCCUGGGUGCUCUGGCUCAUCGUUUUAUAACUACAAAAAGACACAUAGUAUUGUUCUUUUGGCUGUGUGCAAUGUAAAAUAUCAAUUUUCACUAUCAGAUAUAGAAAAUAGUGGAAGACAAAGUGACGGUAGUGUAUAUGCAAAUAGUCAACUUGGUUAUGCUAUUGAAAAUGAUCUGCUUGACAUUCCUCAAGCAUGUAAAGUAAAUGGUACUGAAACAAUAUUUCCCUACGUGUUUGUUGGAGAUAAUGCAUUUGGUUUAAAGCCUCAAAUGAUAAAACCUUAUCCAUUCUAA